AUGAUUGUCUUUACUUAUACAAAUGCAUUAGCCAAAGAUUUUCAAGAAAAACUUGGUCAUGUAGAAUAUUUGGGCCAACUUAUUCGAAUUGAAGGUUCCUUAUUACCUCUUAAGAUUAAAGAUGCAAAAAAUAAGAAAGCAAUUGAGCGAUUCUUAAGACUAUUUAUUUCUGGAAAACUCAUAGAAUAUAUAGAUCAAGAUAAGAAAAAAGGUCAUAAAUUUAACUUAUCUGUUGAUUAUAUCCUUGUAUUAAAAGAUUCGCAGAAAAAUAAAUGUAAAUUAUGUUUCAAUGAAUUGUUAUGGGAUUGGGACAAAGCUGGAAAUCCAGACCAAUAG